AAUAAGCAUAUACUGUUUGGGUUUCAUAAAACUGUGGCAUUACAAGAAGGAAACGAGUCCGGGUUUGCGGAUCAUAGCAAGUGUCUCACAGUUUAUAACGGAAUAAGUAAAAGCUGCUAUCAUCGUAUCACGAUUUACAAGCUUCAUAACUGAGGAAAAACCUGCGACUUUUCCACAAACUGCGAUGGAGAACAUAAAGUUUGAGAAUGGCGUCAAUGACUGCCUCAAGAACUUUGAAGCCCCUCUAAAAAGCGGUCCCAUUCCAAGAUGGCAAAGAAAAGAACAACAACGACUCCGAUCAAGCAGCGGACCACUCUCGCCGCUUCCGAACAACUUCCAGCGACACAGCGAAUCGCUCCCGAAAAAAACAAUCUCGAAAACGCCAAAAAAAGGUACCCCAAAGCGUAAACAAGAUCCUUCCCCUUCUAGAGGCGACAGGUUUAUUCCUAACCGGCCAAGUAACGCCGAUUGUGAUUGGAGCCAUCACCAGAUGAUGCAGGCGAACCAGGGGGAGACGGCGAUCGAGGGAUCCAGUGAGGAGGAAGACGAGGACAAAGGCGAGUCAGCCACUCAGAAGCGGAUGUCGAACGCGCUGGCUGACGGGAAGGCUGAGAGCAAGAUCUUGCACUUCAAGUCUGGGGCCCCUGCCGCAAAAGAAGGCUACCAAAACGACCUUCACGUGCUGUAUUGUCAGAGCAAGCCGAGUGGGCCUAAGGCCAGGAGCUCACGUCACAUCCCUCAAGCCCCUGACAGGAUCCUGGACGCCCCCGAGCUACUGGAUGACUACUAUCUGAAUUUACUUGAUUGGGGAAAUAAUAACCUGCUCAGCCUGGCGCUGGCGGGAGCGGUUUACAUCUGGAACGCGGAGUCGAGCGACAUCAAGCACCUUUUUCAGAUGGACGAGGGUGAGUAUGUCUCCAGCGUGGCCUGGGUACAAGAACACAGCAUGACGCAAUACCUGGCCGUGGGAACACACGACGGGAACGUACAGCUGUGGGACGUAGAGGCGUCCAAGUGCGUGCGAUGCAUGGGCGGACACGCGGCGAGGGUGGGGUCACUAUCCUGGAACUGCUUUCUUUUGUCAAGCGGGUCUCGUAGCGGUGCCAUCCAUCAUCAUGACGUUCGCGUGGCAAACCAUAAGAUCGGCACACUGCUGAACCACAGCCAAGAGGUUUGCGGGCUCAAGUGGUCUCCCGACGGCAAACUAUUGGCCAGCGGUGGCAAUGAUAAUGUUGUUAACAUCUGGCCUUACCCGAGUACUGUCGGCUCAAGCGCUGGUGAGCCCUCGCCAGUGGAACCCUUGUUUUCGCUGACACAUCAUCAAGCGGCAGUGAAGGCGAUUUCGUGGUGUCCAUGGCAACCAAAUGUGCUAGCAACAGGUGGAGGGACGGCUGAUCGUCACAUCCGGUUUUGGAACGGGUCUACAGGAGCGACGCUCAACAGUGUUGAUACGAAGAGCCAGGUUUGUUCCAUCCUAUGGUCCAACGAGUACAAAGAGAUAAUUUCCGGACACGGAUUCUCCCAGCACCAGCUCACUAUCUGGAAAUACCCGUCCAUGGCCCGUGUGGCAGAUCUUACUGGACACACGUCACGUGUUCUGUGCAUGGCCAUGUCUCCGGACGGCCAGUACGUGGCGUCAGCAGCCGCCGAUGAGACCUUGAGGCUUUGGAAGUGCUUCGCCACACAACCCAAGCAAAAGAAGACGCAUAGGGGAGGGGAAGAGCCGGUCAAUCGGCUCUUGUCCUGUAUGAGGGUCCGGUAGAUAGUACAGUUCUCAUCGUGGAAGGAGAAUGAGGGAUAGCGUGGGGAUGUCAGAAGUUAUGCAAUAUUGUUUAGGGUUUAGGGGUAAAUAGAACGGCGACAUACACGGGUGCCGGGCUCAAGUAAAUUGGCGGUUUCUAAUAAAAGCAAAGCCGUUUGUCAAUGAUGUCUUAUAAAUAGAAAAUUGGCUUUUCAUAACGACUUUAGUAGGAGGCAAAACAUAUACUAAGAAGGGUCAAUAAAUUAUCUAAUGUCGUACUGUUCAGUGAAUUGGUGGACGGUGUCAUUCCAAUAUCUUGUACUCGAAUUCUAUUGAUAAAUUAAAUAUACAGAGAAAUGGGAAAGCAUUAAUGCUUCAAUGAAUCACAACGUUUAGAUUUCAUCUAAGAGAAGUAAGACACGAACGCAACGCAUGAGUAUUAAGUUGCCAUUUAAAAGCACGAUUAUGAUUCAAAGUAAUAAGCAAACUGUAGUCUUUCAGUGCGUGUUUGCAUUAUCAACUAGAGAGCUCUUUCUUUAGUUCCAUGUUGUAUUAAAGGAUUUUUAUUAAACAUUCCGUUUCAAA